AUGACAGCUAGCUGUCAGAAGUGAGUUCAUUCCUCGAGCAGUGGAGAUGGAGUACCGUCUGUAGUUUAUUUUUUAAUUAUUAUAUUUUUUUUACACUUUGUUGGUAGCAAGUAAGCAAGGUGACGGAGAGCGCGUUUCCACCGAGCCCGGCCAUGGACGAACAGGCAGGGCCCGGCGUGUUCUUUAACAACAAUAAUAACUCGGUGUUAGCCGGYGGUGGGAAGGGGCCGCUGCCCGAUGGCGACGCUGGGGAGGCGGCUCGAGCGCAGUACAGCAUCCCGGGGAUCUUGCACUUCCUGCAGCACGAAUGGGCCCGUUUCGAAGUGGAAAGGGCGCAAUGGGAAGUGGAGCGAGCCGAAUUGCAGGCUCAAAUCUCCUUCCUGCAGGGAGAAAGGAAAGGCCAGGAGAACCUAAAGAAGGACCUCGUCAGGAGGAUUAAAAUGCUGGAGUACGCGCUGAARCAAGAGAGAGCAAAGUACCACAAGUUAAAAUACGGGACGGAGUUGAACCAAGGCGACAUGAAGCCUCCGAGCUACGACUCUG